AUGAAGAUGCUUACCAAGUUUGAGUCGAAGUCGUCAAGGGCCAAAGGGGUCGCGUUUCACCCAAAAAGACCCUGGGUCCUUGUCGCAUUGCACUCACUGACCAUUCAGUUAUGGGACUACAGAAUGGGCACGUUAAUUGAGAGAUUCGAAGACCACGAUGGGCCUGUGAGAUCGGUAGACUUUCAUCCUACGCAGCCACUUUUCGUUUCUGGUUCGGACGACUACUCCAUCAAGGUGUGGUCCUUGAAUACGAGGAAGUGUAUCUUCACUUUGAAUGGCCAUUUGGAUUACCUUAGAACCGUUAGUUUCCACCACGAUUUACCAUGGAUUUUAUCGUGCUCUGAUGACCAGACGAUCCGUAUUUGGAAUUGGCAAAACCGCCAAGAGAUCGCUUGUUUGACAGGUCACAACCAUUACGUGAUGCUGGCUCAGUUCCAUCCUACCGAUGACUUAAUUGUGUCUGCGUCUUUGGAUCAGACAGUGAGAGUGUGGGAUAUCUCUGGGUUGCGUAAAAAACACUCAGCUCCAACUUCAUCUAUGCGUUCUUUUGAGGACCAAUUGCAGCGUAGACAAUUGCCCCAGCAAGACAUUUUCGGUAAUGUCAAUGCCAUUGUGAAGUAUGUACUUGAGGGCCACGACAAGGGUGUUAAUUGGGCAGCUUUCCAUCCAACCUUGCCACUUAUUGUCUCUGCUGGUGAUGACAGGUUGGUGAAAUUGUGGAGAAUGAGUGAUAGCAAAGCUUGGGAGGUCGACACUUGUCGUGGCCACACAGGCAACGUGCUUUGCUCUAUCUUUCACCCUCACCAAGAUCUCAUCCUCUCGGUCUCUGAUGACAAGACUAUACGUGUUUGGGAUUUGAAUAAGAGAACGCCUGUGAAGCAAUUCAGAAGAGAAAAUGAUCGUUUCUGGUUGGUUGCUAGUCAUCCUAACAUCAAUUUGUUUGCUACGUGUCAUGACUCAGGUGUCAUGGUGUUCAAGCUCGAAAGAGAGAGACCUGCUCAUGCCAUCUUCCAGAACAAGUUGUACUUUGUCAAUACUGAAAAACAGAUUCAGUCUUAUGAUUUCCAAAGAGACGAAACAUCCAUGCCCAUGUUGUCAUUGAAGAAGAUUGGCAAGACCUGGUCUGUUAUGAAGACAUUGACGUACAAUCAAUCCGAUAACUCCAUCUUAGUAACCCAUGGUGAAGGUGACAACGGUAUGUACGCCCUUGUGUCCCUUCCGAAACAUGUCACUGGUGCUAUAGAGCCUGCUGAUGUUCGCCUGGGUGAAGGCAACUUUGCCUGCUUCAUUUCGCGUAAUCGUUUUGUUGCGUUCGUCAAAUCUUCGAAGGUUUUGUAUGUGAAAGAUACAAACAACAACGUCACUAAGACCAUUCAGUUAGACUCUUCUAUUGUCGACGUCUUGUAUGGGGGCCCUGGUCGUGUCUUGUUGGUGAAGUCCCAUUCCAUCAUCAACUAUGAUGUCCAACAAAGAAAGGAGUUGGGCGAGUUAAGCGUCAAUAACGUGAAAUAUGCAGCAUGGUCAAAUGAUGGACAGUACUUGGCACUCAUGUCCAAGCACACAAUUUCUAUCGUUACCAAGGACUUGCAGUUGAUUACAUCCACACACGAGACAAUUCGCAUCAAGAGUGCUGCGUGGGACGAAACUGGUGUAUUGUUGUACUCGACUCUUAACCAUAUCAAGUACACCCUAUUGAAUGGUGACAAUGGUAUCAUAAAGACUUUGGAAAACACUCUCUACAUCACCAGAGUGAACCAGAAUAACGUUUACUGCUUGAACCGUGCAGGAAGGGUUGAAAAAAUAACAAUUGAUCCUACUGAAUACAGAUUCAAGAGAUCAUUAGUUAACAAAAACUUUGGUGAAGUCUUACGAAUUAUUAAAAAUUCCAAUUUGGUUGGACAGAACAUAAUCGCGUAUUUGCAGAAAAAAGGCUACCCAGAAGUGGCUUUGCAAUUCGUGCAAGAUCCUGAGACUAGAUUUGAUCUUGCUGUGGAGUGUGGUGAUAUGCAAACUGCUGAGGUUGAAGCCAACAAGCUCAAGAAUAAUGUCAUUUGGGAAAGAUUAAGUCAGGAAGCCUUGAACCAAGGUAAUGUUGAGCUUGUGGAGAAGAUGUACCAGCAAUUACAACUUUUCGAUAGAUUGUCUUUUCUUUAUUUGUACAAAGGAGACUACGAGAAGUUGGGCAAGAUGUCAUUGAUCGCGAGUGCUCGUUCAAAUGUAUCCUCCUUAAUUCAAAAUACUCUAUACAACAAUGAUGUUCAGUCGAGAAUUGAUGCAUUCAUAAAGGCUGACCAAUUACCGUUGGCUUACACAUUAGCUAAAUCAAGCGGAUUAAAUGAAAAGGCAGAGGAGAUUUUAUCAGCGGCUGGCGUUACUGAAGCUGAGAUCAGUUUACCAGAACUUGGAAGACCUGUUCAGUUACCUACGCCUAAUGCUGGUGCUAGUGACAACUGGCCUAUCAAAGAAGGUAACACUUCUUUCUUCGAAACUGCUGUGCUCAGUGGCCAGGUCGAGGACUUAAACAUCGAAAGUGAGACUCCAGUUGAGAAGGAUCCUCGUAAUGGUAUUUCUCCGGACUUUACCGAUGCUGCUAUCGAGGAUGAACAAGAUGAAGAUGAAGGUGGCUGGGACAUGGACGACGAUGAUCUUAACAUCGACGAUGACCUUGAUGAUUUCGUCGACGAUGUUGAGAUUGGUGAAGAUGAACCCGUCAUCAAGGUCGAGGGCGCUGAUGGAGAGAUCGCUUACUGGCUUCGUAACAACAAAACUGCUGCCGGGUACGUUGCUGCUGGUGCCUUUGAGCAAGCUGCUUCCCUUCUAAACAAACAGCUCGGUGUCGUGGACUUUACACCUUUAAAAAAGCGCUUCAUGGAGGUCUACUCUAGCAACAAGUUGUAUUUGCCCGGUAUAGAUGAUUUGCCAGCGAUGAGGGAUUACAUCAGAGAAGACAACGACGAGGACAACUCUGAAAAAUUCAGGCCACAUAUUCCAGGUUACGACACAUUGGAGGAGAAGUUGAGCACCGCUUUCAAAUUCUUCAGGGCCAACAAUUUGCCAGAGGCGAUUCAAACAUUCCGUGACAUAAUUUAUUCUAUCGCUGUUAUAAGCGUGCAAGAUGAUGAACAAGAAGCCAAGUGCGAGGACAUUCUCACCUUAUGCAGAGAGUACAUCUUGGGAUUAUCGAUUGAGUUGGAGCGUCGCUCGCUUGACCCCUCCGACGUGAAGAGAAAUUUGGAGUUGGCAGCCUACUUCACGAGGGCGAAGCUUCAAAAUGCUCACAAGGUCAAUGCUUUACAGGUCGCCAUGCUGGAAUCAUUCAAGCAUAAGAACUACAUUAGUGCGUCAUACUUUGCUGGAGAGCUCUUAUCCAUCGUAAACACGGGUGCCAAGGCUGAAAAAGCGCAAAAGCUCAGAGCGAAGUCUGACUCGAUCUCCAGUGAGGCCGUCGAAAUUGAUUACGACCCAAAUGCAGAGUUCGACAUUUGUUGCGCAUCAUUUACACCCAUCUACAAGGGCCAACCAUCGGUGAAUGAAGCAUUGGUCAACGCCAGGUACAAGCCAGAGUACAAGGGAGACAUUUGUCGCAUCACCAAGAUCACUAGCAUAGGGCUGCCAGCAUCAGGAUUACGCAUUCGUGUUUGA